AUGGCAGACAGCGGCAGUCGUGUGAGCAAGAGCAGCGGGAACAGCAUGGGGAAGGGAGCAAUGUCGGCAGAACAGGCAAUUACUGGCUUUAAUCGCCUUUGGCAGGAGCAGAGAGGCUUGGCAUCCAAAGCAGCUGAGCUGGAGAUGGAACUGAAUGAGCACAGCCUAGUGAUUGAUACCCUGAAGGAAGUGGACGAAACCUGCAAGUGCUACCGAAUGGUUGGAGGUGUGCUGGUGGAGUGGACAGUCAAAGAAGUGCUGCCUGCCUUGGAGGGUAACAAAGAGCAGAUUCAGAAGAUCAUUGAGACACUGUCACAGCAGCUUCAGACAAAGGGGAAAGAACUCAGUGAAUUUCUGGAAAAGUACAACAUUCGUCUUAUGGGGGAAGACGAGAAGCCAGCAGCCAGGGAGAACUCAGAAGGGACUGGGGUGAAGUCCAGCUCAGCAGGAGUGCUGGUCUCUUAGG